CGCACCUACUACCCCUCUACAUAUAUAUGCAUAUAUACAGGCGCGCGCGCACAUGAUCGCUGUCAAACCGGUCAAACGCUGCAAGUUGAGACGGUCGAGACAAUUUCCUUCGGUAUUCGGCACGACAAUUGCGUCCGCGUUACACUACGAUGUCCGGGAGCGACGUGAAGCAGGUACUUAGAAAGCUGGACUUCCCUUACUGCGCCAGGGAUGCUCUAUGCAGAAUCGAGGUGCUCUGCUGCAGGCCGGGCAAGCAAGUGGACCUACAAAUGGACUUGAUAUCGGAGUUUGUGUUCGGAGAGGUGGAGAAGCGGAAGAAACGCAACAUGACAACGGCGAUACACGAGCUGCAGCUGAUAGACUGCAUGAGCGACUUCUUCCAGAGCCCAGGCGGCACUCCCGCGGUGCGCAACGCUCUCUUCCUGUCGCUCUUCCCGGCGGACAGUCCCAGAUACAAGAUCCUAGGUAACCUGGUGUCGUUCGCGAUCGCCACGCAAAACAAGGCGGUCCUAAACGCAGCUGGCAUUUGGAUGCAGCAGUUGGGCUCCACCUCGCCGCAGAGCGUAGGACUGGCGAGGCACGUGCUCAACGACUACUUCGUGCUCACUCCGAGAUCCAUCGACAAACUGAAGCAGCUACCCGUACUCGCGCCACAUUUCACCGCCAACCUGCUGACGGCGAUCGGUGAAGUGUACGAGGACAAAGAUCCGCCUACCGAGCUGCUCAGAUCGGUAGGCGAGUGGAUCGACGAAAAUCCGAGUUUACUGUUAACACCCCUGAUGGACAAUCCGGCGUUGCCCACCGGCGGGAUUCCGAUGACCCCGAUAACACCUAUAGCAGGCUUGUUCAGAUGGUGCAUAUUGAGUCCUCUGCGUAAUGACACUACGGAAAGCACGGAGAGUCGGGAAGAGUCGCGAAAAUUUUACUCGAAAGUUCAACAGUUACUCAUGGACUCGGUGCUACGACUGAACAACAGCGACAGCAACAAACACGCGAUCUCGGCGCAGCAUUUGGCGUCUACUACUCGAUUAUUGACGGCAAAUCUGCAAAAUCGUCCGACCGUCGAAAAAGUCUCGCGUGACCUAGCUAUGGAACGACUCGCGCAAGCCGUCAGCGCGGCCAUGUCUGCGAACUGCAUUUACGGAAAUAAACAGGAACUCUUAGCCCUUCUGCAACCACUGUCGUAUCAGCACUUUUUGAUAGAAUGGACAUUACAAACUUAUGCAACUAAGGCAGCUUGAUACGAGUAUGACGACGACGACAGCGACGGCAAUGAUGACGAUGAAUUAAUUUAAUCGACAAUAUU